GUAAAAUUAAACUAACAUGUUAUACCUACUUUUCCAUUCCAACUCCAUUUUUGCUUUGAAACUAUGACCUCAAACAUAUCAAAACAAUGAUCAAUAAAAAACAAUACAUAUUUUAUUUACUUUUUAACCGCCUAACCAACUCCCCCCAUAUGAGUCCAUUUUAACUGAACAGUAGGCUGUUACGGGUGACGACACUAUCACUGUCACUCCACCUAAUUCCCGCCGUAACGGCGUACUCUCCGUUUGGUCAGUUGCUGGGCGCGCACUUAAUGAGUUCGGUUCCGUUUUGCUUAGAAACCGACGACCGUUACACCUCCUCCUCUACUCAAACUCUUCUUCCUUGUCAUCACCACCGUCAUGCAGAAACAAAGUCAUCAACAUUGACGGAUAAGAUGAGUCGUGAAAAAUUGAAGAGGAAGUUAUAUAUAACCUCCAGAUACCAGAACCAAAACGGCAAAACCCACUCCUUAAACCUCGAGUACUCCUCCUCCAUCAUGAUGAUGAUGCAGAAAAUGAAAAUGAAAAUAUAUAAAAAAAUGGAAACAGAAAUUGGGAAACGCGUUUGAAGUUAAUUUCUGUUAUGUGAAUAAGAGAGCGGUUUUACGGUUCAUGCAUGCCAACAACCCCUCCAUUCAUUCAUCAAAAACGGUUAAAAAACUCAUCCUCUCUCUUCAACUCCAUCCCCCAUUUCUUCUUCUUCUUCUUCGAAACUCACAAAGGGCACCAUCUAAAUCUUCUUCUUCGUCGAAACUCACAGACGCCAUGAGCGGCGGUGGUGAUAAUAGAGUGAAGGGGUCGUGGAGUCCUCAGGAGGACGCAACGCUGAUCAAGCUGGUGGCGGAGCACGGCCCGCGCAACUGGUCCUUGAUCAGCUCCGGCAUCCCCGGCCGGUCCGGCAAGUCGUGUAGGCUGAGGUGGUGCAACCAGCUCAGCCCCGACGUGCAGCACAAGCCUUUCUCGCCGGCCGAGGACGCCGCGAUCGUCCGGGCACACGCGCUCCACGGCAACAAGUGGGCCACCAUCGCCCGGCUCCUCCCCGGCCGCACCGACAAUGCCAUCAAGAACCACUGGAACUCCACGCUCCGGCGGCGGAGGCUGGCCGAGUCGAGCUCGGCCUCUUCCGAGUCCAACUCGGCCGCGUUGAAGCGGUUGAUUGGCGCCACGUCGGGCGACCCGGAGAUGAAGCGGCAGUGCUUGCGUGGGGCGUCGGCGGAGGAGGAUAGUUUCAAAGCGGUUGCGGCGGGAGUGGAGGGCGUGCUGACGUCACUGACGCUGUCGCCGCCUGGGGAGAAAGUGGAAAACGAGGUCGUUUUGAAGAGUGAGGAGGUGGGGGAGGAGGACGAAGAAGACAAUGAUGAUCAUCAAGACGAGGCGGUGGAUGACGAGGAGAAAUGUACGGUGGAGAUGGAGGAGACGUGUCUGAUGACGAUGAUGCAGCGGAUGAUAGCCCAGGAGGUGAGGAACUACAUCGAGAGCUUACGGGCCGAGAAUGGGCUAGCAUUUGGGCUACAGUCGACGGUCCAAAAUGAUCCAAAAUGUUGACGAAAGGUCUCAUCGGAAUGUUUCAGUCUUUUGCUUUAGUUCUUGUGGCGUCUUUUAGUUAUGACUUGAAAUUCUGAAAUUGUUGACUUAAGCAUCUCCAACAGUAGAACUUAUAUUUUAGUUAAAUUUAGCUAAAGUUAAGAAAUAUAGCUAUUUAAUUUAACAAUG